AAAUUUUAUUUUAUAAUAUAUGGUAUUUAUGGAUAACUUUAUGUAAAGUAAUGAAUUGCUAAUUUUUCAGGACCAUGUAUGUGAACUUUUGACUACAAUGGAUGCCUGUCAGCUAACCUUAGAUAUUACAACUAGCUUUGAUUUAACCAAAUCUUAUCUGGACCUUAUUGUGACAUACAUGUCGCUAAUGAUAUUAUUAUCCCGUGUGGAAGAUAGGAAAGCUGUUUUAGGGCUGUUCAACUCUGCCCAUGAGAUGACUCAUGGUCACAGCGAUACAAGCUUUCCGAGGCUUGGUCAACUUAUAAUUGACUAUGACCAACCACUUAAAAGAUUAUCUGAUGAAUUUAUUCCUCAUUCCAAAUUGUUAUUCCAAGCAUUGAUGUCACUUCAGCAUGUUUAUCAUAGAAGAAAUUUAUCUGUAGAAGAUUGGCGAAAAAGUCAAAUGUUAAGUCUAGUGGCAACUCCGUCUCAAAUGUUAAAUCCUGCACAAACAGAAACAAUGCCUUGUGAAUAUUUGUCUUUAGAUUGUAUGCAGAGAUGGAUUAUAUUUUCAUUUGCUCUGAUUCAUCAAUAUCUUAGUCAGCCUCCUGCACAGGAAUUAUUUACUAGUGCUCUGAACGGAGGUUGGAUCCACACUUUGUUUAGAGAUGAAGUGCUUCAUACACAUCAAUAUAUACAAACUUUUUUCGAAUCUAUUAAAGGCUAUAAUAAGAGGGUUUCUGAGGUAAAAGAAUGCUAUAAUUUUGCCACUCAAAAUGCUUGCCUUCUUCAUAGAGAAAGAAGGAAAUAUUUACGCACGGCACUGAAAGAAUUGGGUCUCAUUUUGGCUGAUCAACCUGGGCUUUUAGGUCCCAAGGUCCUUUUUGUUUUUAUGGGAUUAUCUUUUGCUCGAGAUGAAGUUCACUGGUUAUUGAGACAUAGUGAAAAUCUACCUCAAAGGCAAGGCAGAACUCGAAUGCCAGCUGAAGAUUUGGUUGACAGACAGCUACCUGAGUUAUUGUUUCACAUGGAAGAACUCAGAGCACUUGUUCGCAAAUAUAGUCAAGUUAUACAAAGGUAUUAUUUGCAAUAUCUUUCUGGCUAUGAUGCUGUAGCUCUAGACCAUAUGAUUCAGAAUAUUACAGUAAUUCCAGAAGAAGAUUCAGUAAUUUUGUCAUCAUUAUGCAAUACUAUUUCAUCACUGAAUGUUAAACUUAUUGAAGAAAAUGAAAGAGAACUUUUUGACUUCCGAGGAUUGAGACUGGAUUGGUUUAGAUUGCAGGCAUAUAGUAGUGUAGCAAAGUAUCCUCUAAAUUUACACGAACAUCGUGAGCUAGCUUACUUGAUGAAUACUAUUGUGUUUCAUACCAAAGCUGUUGAUUACCUGGAUGAAUUGAUGAUAGAGACAUCUGAUUUAUCUUUAUUUUGUUUUUAUAGCACCUUAUUUGAAAGUCAGUUUCAUAUGUGCUUGGAGUUCCCUGCCCAAACCAGAUACAUCAUAGCCUUUCCUCUCCUUUGCUGUCACUUCAUGAAUUGCACUCAUGAACUUUGUCCGGAAGAGAGAAUUCACAUUGGAGACAGAAGUUUAACAAUGAUAAAUGGCUUUCUUGAUGAAAUGUCCAAAGAAGCUAAAGAUAUUAUCACCACAUUAUGUGAUUCUCAGUGUGAUCUUAGUGAUAAGCUCUUACCUAAGCAUUGUGCACAGUUGAUUGCACAAGUAGUAAAUAAACGCAGGGACAAAAAGAACAAGAUUGUGGCUGAGCCUUUCAAGCCGGGAAUGGAGUCUUAUAGGAAAACAAGAGAGGAUCUUACAACGAUGGAUAAGUUACAUAUGGCUCUUAGUGAAUUGAGUUUUGCUAUUAAUUAUACUAGUACUAUAAAUGUAUGGGAUCAUGCAUUUGCUCCAAGAGAAUACUUAACGCAGCAUUUAGAAAAUCGAUUUAAUAAGUCAUUAGUUAAAAUGGUUAUGUAUAAUCCUCAAACCAAUGAAAUUGCUAAGCCUUCUGAGUUACUAACAACAGUACGAUCAUUCAUGGGUGUUCUUCAAACAAUAGAAAAUUAUGUUCAUUUAGAUAUCACUAGAGUUUUCAAUAAUGUUCUUUUGCAACAAACACAACCUCAGGAUAGCCAUGGAGACAAAACUGUCACUAGUCUUUAUACUAAUUGGUACUUGCAAGCAUUGCUAAGACGUGUGAGUGCUGGUAACAUAGCUUUUUCCAGAAAUCAAAGGGCAUUUGUUACUUUAUCAUCAGAAGGACAACUACCUUUCAGCGCUGAUGAGUACUCAGAUAUUAAUGAACUUCGAGCCCUAGCUGAGCUCAUUGGUCCAUAUGGGUUGAAAUACUUAAAUGAAUCACUAAUGUGGCAUAUUGCCAGCCAAAUUACUGAAUUAAAAAAACUUGUAAUUAUAAACAAAGAUAUAUUAAUGGCACUUAGAAGUAAUUUUGACAAGCCAGAACAAAUGAAGGAGCUGUUAAGAAGGCUUCAAAGACCAAAGAUGGCUCAAAAUGUUGACAAUGUUCUUCAACGUAUGACCAUCAUAGGAGUCAUAAUAUGUUUUAGGAAUUUAGCUGAAGAUUCACUUAAUGAUGUUCUUACAGAACGUAUUCCUUUCCUAUUGAGUUCAGUGUGUGACUUUAAAAAUCAUGUGCCAAAUGGAGAUUCUAUGAUUGUUUCUGAAAUGGCUUCAGCUGCCGGCUUUCCUUGUCGUGUUGAUCCAGAUUUAGUAGCUGCUUUACGUUCUCAGAAAAAUGAUCUAGGUGAAGAUGAAUACACAAUAGCUUGCUUACUAAUGGUAUUUGUUGCUGUAUCUUUGAAAAAACUGUCAAGAAAUGAGGCAUCAUUUUAUAAAGCAUCUCUUGAAGGCCAUACCAAUAAUAUACACUGCCUAGCUGAAGCCAUCAAUGGAAUAGCUGGUGCUUUGUUUACUAUUUGUGGCCAUGGGGAUAUUGAAGAUCGAUUGAAAGAAUUUUUGGCACUGGCAUCAUCUAGUCUAUUAAGACUAGGACAGGAAAACGACAAAGAAGCCACAAGAAACAGGGAAUCAGUAUAUAUUUUACUCGACUUGAUCGUACAAGAGUCGCCCUUUUUAACGAUGGAUUUACUGGAAUCUUGCUUUCCUUAUGCUCUACUUAGGAAUGCAUAUCAUGCUGUAUAUAGAACUGAAAAUGUAUAAUCAAAAAUGCCUUCAAAAACAGUUUUGUGUUCAUGCUUCGUUUAUAAAUAUUUUAUAUCAAGAAUAUGCAGUUACAUCUAUGAUGAACAUUUGAAUGCUUGUGGAAAGUGCAUUUAUUCUUCCCCAUUUAUUUCAUUCUUUUUUGUUCCUCAUUUUUUGUUUAUCGUUAAAUGCAGACUAAACAUUACCAGAGCAGGGAAGCCAACUAGGUUGUGUAAAGGUUAUAGGUUACUGUAGGCUGAAUAUAUCUACUUUAAAAGGGAAAUUUGGUGUUGAAUAUCCCAUUUUUGUGCUCUUAUUUUUCUUGUUCAAGUUCAUCUAGUGCCUUUUUCUUCCAAUUGAAAUUCAUUGAAAGUAAGAAAUUAGCUGUAUCACCAAUAUCUUUUAAAUGCAGAAUAAUUUGUGAUUUUUAGAAACCUUGAACAAAAUGCAGUUAAAAUUUAUGUACAUUUGGGGUUACAAGUUAAUAUUUAAGCAAAGAAAAACAUUCUUUUGAAUCAGUAUUGAGAAAGGCAUGACUGAAAAAAAAAAUUAAACCUGCUUGAUUGCUGGAGGAAACUGAAAAGAACACUUUCAAGUUUAUUCUUAUUUAAAACUCUCUCUUAAGUAUUGUUAGACAAUCUAACUAUUUUAGUUUUAUUGCAGUAGCUCUUGUUCAUUCCUAGCAUCUUGUCCAUUUUGAAUUCUCAAGAACAAUCAUUACAGAACACCCUUUUGAAAAUGCAAAUUUUUAAUGUGUUGCAAAAAAAUUUUCUUCUGGAAAAAGAUGCACAUUUUUUCUUAAUUUCUUUAUUUAUUAAUUUUAAUAGAUGUUUGUAAAUGAAAACAUUAAGAUGAGUUUUAAAAAUUUAUAGCAUGUUUAACAGGAUUAAAACAUUCUCAUAUAUGAUUAUUUAUUUUACUGACAUGAAUUUUAGCUUAAAUUGCUAUUUACAAAUUUAUGUUUUGUUAAAAUAAGUGAAUUUUCUUUUGUUGAAGAAUAAAUUAGAUAGAAAUAGUGUUUAUUAAUUCCUUUUUUUUUGGCAUAUUUGUUUUAUAAACAUUAAUUGCAUACUAAAAAUAAAAAAAUAGGCAUUUUUUUUCUCUGCAUUCUAAAAGCUGAUUCAAACAAUCUACUGACAUCAUUUAAAUAAAGGGAAUUUGAUAGCUCCGGAAUGAUGAACCGUUCGCAUGAACUAUUUUUUUGCAGUUCUCAUAAAUAUCAUUCUAUCCACUCAAUAUAUAUUCUGAUUUUUUUUAUCUUUAGACACUAUAUUAGACUUUGUUAAAAAUGUUAAAGCUUGUUUUCUAUUGAACAUUUUUAUCGCUUAUUUUAUUAUUAUUUUAAGUGUGACGUUUGUUGACCAUGGUAAAGUAUUCCUAGAAGUUGGCUUCCCUGUCAAUGUUUUUAUUAAUUAGUAUAUAUUUCUUGAGAAAAUGAAUUAAAAGUGUAUGUACAUUAAUCAUAUAUUUUAAUUAAGGAGUGCCAUUGAUGUAAUGCGGCAGUUGUUUUUAAUGUGGUGAAAUAAAAAACUAUUUAAUAUACUUGCUUUGCAUUUCUUAUGAGAGCAUUAAAAAUGUAUUUACCUAUGUAUAUUUAUACAUAUAUAUAUGAGAAUUGUAAUUUAUAUAUACUUUUCUUUUUAUAUUAUUGAACUUUUAUUUCUUUAAAUUUAUAUUAGUUUGUUACUGAUGCUUUGUUUACAUGUAUAUAAAGAAAUAAAAUUUCCAAAGAAUCGCUUA